UAUAAGAUGUUUAAGUGUAGUUAUGGAUAUUUAUAAACAAUUCUCAUAAUAUCAUUUACUGCAAGUUUGUUUCAUCACAAGGUUCAUUUGAAAUUUAAAUAUGAGGGAAAUUGUUCAUAUUCAAGCCGGACAAUGCGGAAAUCAAAUAGGAGCGAAGUUUUGGGAAGUUAUAUCCGAUGAACAUGGCAUAGAUCCAACAGGAACAUAUCAUGGUGAUUCCGAUCUUCAGUUAGAAAGGAUUAACGUCUACUACAACGAAGCGACCGGAGGCAAAUAUGUACCCCGGGCUGUCCUCGUUGAUCUGGAGCCCGGUACUAUGGAUUCUGUUAGAUCGGGACCAUUUGGGCAGAUUUUCAGACCCGACAAUUUCGUUUUCGGACAGAGUGGUGCUGGUAAUAACUGGGCCAAAGGCCACUACACUGAAGGAGCUGAAUUAGUAGACUCCGUUUUGGAUGUGGUAAGAAAGGAAGCUGAGGGAUGCGACUGUAUGCAAGGUUUCCAACUUACCCAUUCGUUGGGAGGUGGAACUGGCUCGGGACUGGGUACGCUAUUGAUUUCAAAGAUUCGUGAAGAAUAUCCUGAUAGGAUCAUGAAUACUUUUUCUGUUGUACCUUCACCGAAAGUGUCCGACACAGUGGUUGAACCAUACAAUGCUACUUUGUCUGUCCAUCAGUUAGUAGAAAACACUGAUGAAACAUACUGCAUUGAUAAUGAAGCCCUAUAUGAUAUUUGCUUCCGCACGCUCAAGUUGACUACGCCUACCUAUGGAGAUUUAAACCAUCUGGUCUCCGCUACAAUGUCGGGCGUUACCACUUGCCUAAGAUUUCCCGGACAAUUGAAUUCAGAUUUGAGAAAAUUAGCUGUAAACAUGGUACCUUUCCCCCGAUUACAUUUCUUUAUGCCAGGUUUUGCACCUCUAACCUCUCGUGGCAGUCAACAAUACAGGGCCCUUACAGUCCCAGAGCUUGUUUUGCAAAUGUUUGAUGCCAAAAAUAUGAUGGCUGCAUGUGACCCACGUCAUGGUAGAUAUUUGACAGUUGCAGCAAUAUUUAGAGGUAGAAUGUCAAUGAAAGAAGUUGAUGAACAAAUGUUGAAUAUCCAAAACAAGAAUAGCAGUUAUUUUGUUGAAUGGAUACCUAAUAAUGUUAAAACUGCAGUUUGUGAUAUUCCCCCAAGGGGGCUAAAAAUGUCAUCCACAUUUAUUGGAAAUUCUACGUGUAUUCAAGAAUUAUUUAAACGUAUUUCUGAGCAGUUUACUGCCAUGUUUCGCAGAAAAGCCUUCUUGCAUUGGUACACCGGCGAAGGUAUGGAUGAAAUGGAAUUUACAGAGGCUGAAAGUAACAUGAAUGACUUGGUUUCUGAAUAUCAACAAUACCAGGACGCCACAGCUGAGGAAGAAGGGGAGUUCGAUGAAGAAGAGGAAGCUGAUGAAGGCGAAAACUGAAACAAUUAACUUUCUCAUUAAAAUCUUAGUCGUAUUAGACGAAAUCUCUAACUAGUUGGUCGAGAUUGAUGUUUUAGAUAUACAUUAUAUACAAUUUUUUCUGUAUAGUUACAAAUUAGUUUUGGAAGAAAUUUCAUUAAAAUUAUUGUCCGUGUCACUUGAACUGUAACUCUAACUACAACUGUAAUCUGUAAUGAUAUAAUAAUCAUGUAUUUAUAGAAUUACCUUAUAAAUAAAAUUUCCUUUACUUAA